AUGAGACUCCCUUUAUAAGAGACAUUCCUGUUAAUCUCACGAUCACUCAUCAUCAUGGAUCUGAACAUUAGCUGCUGUUGGAAAGGGCUCCUGCUGUUCUCUUUCCUCCUCGUCUGUGUCAAUGGACAAACAUCAGGGCCAUCCUUCAUGGUGACGUUUCCUGCAGUGAUCCAGUCAGGAUCUGAAGCUAAACUGUGUGCAAGUCUUCUAAAUCCCAAUGAAAGCCUCGUCAUGAGCAUUUAUCUGGUUCAUGAUGAUCAGAGCACUUUACUGCUACAGGAGAAAGUCGAGGAAGAAUUUCACCGCUGCUUUAACUUUAAGGCUCCUCUGGUAGAAGCAGAAUCAGUGCAAAAAAUUAAGGUUGAUCUUCAAGGAGAGUCUUUCAAGAUGACUGAAGAGAGAAAAGUCAUGUUAAAACAUUACCAUCCUCUGACCUUUAUCCAGACUGAUAAACCCGUCUAUAUUCCAGGACAGACAGUGAACUUUAGAGUUGUCACCAUGGAUACAAACUUUGCACCGCUUUAUCAGCAGUAUGGUUCUAUCGUGCUUGAGGACAGUGAUGAUAACAGAAUUGGUCAGUGGACAAAUGUUUCUUCAACAAGAUGGAUUUUGCAGCGUUCUUAUGAAUUAAACCCAGAGGCCCGUCAAGGUGUAUACAGACUGAAGGCUUUUAUUGGUGACAGGAUGAUCUCUAAUGAUUUUGAGGUGAAAAAAUAUGUUUUGCCAAAGUUUGAAGUUAUUGUGAAAAAACCCAGUAAAGUGAGUGUAAAUGAAGAAGAACUGUUAAUUGAGGUUUGCGGAAAAUACACUUAUGGGCAGCCUGUUUCUGGUAAAUCAUGGGUAAAAGUGUGCCGUCAUACUUUGCCCUACCUUCCUGCUUCUGAUAGAAAUCAAUUGUGUUUAGAGGAAACCACUGAGAUAAAAAAGAUAGGAUGUGCCAUCCAUGCCUUAAAUGUAUCAGCCUUUCUGAACUCAACACUAAAGUAUAGUCUGCAGAGUUCUCUUCAUGUUGAAGUAGUGGUUACAGAAGAAGGAACAGAGAUCACCAUGACAAAAUCUGAAACUAUAUCAAUCACUUAUGAAAUUGGAAAAGUCACAUUUACUGACCUGCCCAAAACAUAUAAACAUGGAUCAGUUAUAGAAGGAAAAAUCAAGGUCUCAGAUUUCAAAGAUGCACCAAUUCAAAAUAAAACAGUUUAUCUUUUUGAGGGUGAAACCUGGUCUUCAAAACUGCUCCUAAAUCUCACUACAGACCGCGAUGGACUGGCCAGCUUCUCUCUUAAUACGUCUAGUCUUCCUGAAAAAGAUAUUAAUCUGAUGGCAAGUGUUGAUCCAGGGCUUCAUUAUCAAAGCCACAGAACACCUCACAUCUCUAUGGGUAGAAAAACUGUUCAGCUUUUCCAGCCUGCCAUGCCAUACACCCCAUCUUUAAGUGAACUGAUUAUAGAGAAUAUUAAGCAACCACUGAAGUGUGACGCUAAGUUUAAAGUGAACAUCAAGUAUUUUUUUAUUGGAGAGACUGUUGAAGAUUACAAAACUGACAUUGUCUAUAUGGUCUUGUCCAGAGGAGUGAUUCUUCAUCACGGAUAUGAGAAAGUUGAAGUGAAGUCUUCUAAUGGAACAGCAAGUGGCACAGUGUCAUUCAGACUGUCUGUUGGUGCAGAUCUGGCUCCUGCUGUGAAUGUUCUGGCCUACUGUGUUCUGCCCAGUGAAAAUGUUGUUGCUGGUAGCAAAGCAUUUGAUGUUCAAAAAUGCUUCAGUAACAAGGUAUCUCUGCAGUUUUCUCCUGCUACAGCAAUUCCUGGUGAGAAAAACACUCUCCAGCUCUCAGCUGAGCCUGGUUCUCUGUGCGCCCUCACUGCUGUUGAUAAGAGUGUCUUGAUCCUGGAGUCAGGAAAACGUCUGGAUACUGACAAGAUCUUCAACCUGCUGCCCAUGCAAUCAGCAUCAGGUUAUCCUUACAAUGUUGAAGAUGAGCAGGAAUGUUUGCAUGUGAGACCCCGUCGAGCUGUAUCAACAGACAACACCUACGAAUCCUUAAAGAGAGUGGGAUUGAAAAUGGUAACAAAUUUGGCUGUGCGAGUCCCAAAGUGUCUGUCAUACAAGGGCUUAACUUAUCACAGAUACAGUGAUAUGGUGAUGUAUCGUCAACAUGCUCCAGUGCCAGUGUUAGCGAUGUCUUCACUGGCAGACUCUGGUUUUGGUGCACCCAGCAGAGAUUCUCCUGCAGUGACGAUCCGGACAGUUUUUCCAGAAACAUGGAUCUGGGAACUUGCUGAUGUUGGGGACUCUGGAUCAGCUCAGGUUCCUGUCACGGUUCCUGACACCAUCACCUCUUGGGAGACAGAGGCUUUCUGUCUGUCCUCCAAAGGUCUGGGUCUGGCUCCUCCUGCUCAGCUGACAGUUUUCCAGCCCUUCUUCCUGGAACUUGCAGAGAUGGUCACUGCUUACACAGACCAUCACUGUCCGGUCCAACCAGAAGCCAUGGCUGACAGGGCAGUUUUGCCUAAGUUUGAAGUUACUGUGACAGCACCAAAGACAGUGAGCGUAGAUGAAGAGUUAAUGGCAGUUGAGGUUUGUGGAAAAUACACUUAUGGGCAGCCUGUAUCUGGUAAAUCACGGGUGAAAGUGUGUCGUCUCUUCAAGUUGAAGCAACAGUCACAGAAGAAGGAACAGACUCCAGCUCCUUCUUCAGAGUACACUCUCAAAGCCUCCUCUGAUGAUCAGUAUUCAUCCUGUCUGUGUGCUAAUGGAAGAAAAACCUUUAAAUGGAUCCUCACUCCUUCUGUUCUUGGAGUCUUGAAUAUUACAGUCAGUGCAGAGGCAGAGGCGUCCCAGACUGUGUGUGACAACGAGAUUGUGAGUGUGCCAGAGAGAGGACGCAUUGACAUAGUCACAAGAAGUCUGCUUGUACAGGCUGAAGGAACUGAAAAGACAGAGACCUACAGCUGGUUACUGUGUCCAAAAGGUGACAGUCUCUCAGAGGAAGUGGAUCUCACUCUUCCUAAAGAUGUCAUAGAGGGAUCAGUCAGAUCAUCUGUUUCAGUCAUUGGAGACAUAUUGGGUCGUGCACUGACAAAUCUUCAUGGAUUAUUACGGAUGCCAUACGGCUGUGGAGAACAAAACAUGGCUGUUCUUUCUCCUAAUAUUUACAUUCUGCAGUAUCUGGAAAAUACAGAACAGCUAACCUCAGCCAUCCGAGAGAGAGCCACCGGCUUCCUUAAGAGUGGAUAUCAGAGACAAUUGAACUACAAGCAUUCCGAUGGUGCAUACAGCACAUUCGGUUAUGGUGAUGGGAAUACAUGGUUGACUGCCUUUGUCCUGAGGUCUUUUGGCAAAGCACAAAAAUACAUAUUUGUUGAUCCACAUAUUAUUCAGAUCGCAAAGGAAUGGUUAAUAAUCAGACAGGAUUCAGAUGGCUGUUUCAUCCAACAGGGAAGACUUUUCAACAACAGAAUGAAGGGUGGAGUAAAUGAUAAUGUGACCAUGACUGCUUACAUUACUGCAUCACUGCUUGAACUUGAAACUCCAGUCACAGAUCCUGUCGUCUCUAAAGGUUUGUCAUGCUUGAAGUCUGUCAUUGAGGAUGUCAAAAACACAUACACCACUGCUCUACUCGCCUACACUUUCAGUCUGGCUGGAGACACAGACACUCGACAGCAGCUCUUCAAGAAACUGGAUGAUGUUGCCAUUUCAGAGGGGUCUGCUCUCCACUGGUCUCAGUCUACAUCUGCUGAUGACUCUGAUUCUCUGGCAGUGGAGAUCAGCUCAUAUGUGCUGCUAGCUUCUCUCACUGCAGAUUCAGCUAACAGGAUCGUCAGCUGGCUUGUGAAGCAGCAGAAUGCCUAUGGAGGAUUCUCCUCAACACAGGACACAGUGGUGGCUCUUCAGGCUCUGUCUUUUGGUGUUGCUGUCUCUCUCUGUGAACAGGAUACUGUAGUAGCACUCCAGGCCCUCGCUAAAUACAGUGCUGCCACCUACAAUCCAGAAGGAUCCAUUACUGUAAGCGUGACCUCCCCCUCAGGCCAGAGGAACCAGUUCACCGUAAACCAGAACAACCGGCUGCUUUACCAGGAGAAACAGCUACAGGAAGCUACCGGCACAUACAAGCUCAGGGCAGAAGGCAAAGGCUGUGUGUUUGUGCAGUUUGCCUUGCUCUACAAUAUCCCGCCUCCUCCAGAGGCUUUGGCCUUCAAAAUCAAAGCAAAUCCUGGGGUUUGCAGCAACACAAAGAACCCAGCUUUUACGCUAACCACCACUGUAAGGUAUAACGGCACACGAGCAGAAACCAACAUGGUGAUCAUUAACGUCAAGCUGCUGUCAAACAUGAUGUAG